AUGAACCUUGUAUUGAGUUUUUUAACGAAAGUAAAGAGUGGAUCUGAAGCAAAAUCAAAACAGUCAUAUGCGUACGGAGAUGUACUAUCUUUCCUUAUACCAGUAAUGAAAAAAAGAAAGACAACCGGAAAUAUGGAUAGUCUAGAAAAUAUUAACAUCUUUGACGAAUCAAAUAACGACAGUUGUGAUGGAGAAAAUUCUAUUUCACAAAAAAAAAAAAAGGAUCAAAAUAAUUUAGACUUUCAAAAUACUCUGGUUGAGUUUAUAAAAAAUCCCCCCCUAAAACCCCCUGAAGAAUUCGAUGCCGAUAAAGCUUUUUUAUUAUCUUUUUUACCCGACCUUAAAAAAAUGAACGAUACUCAAAAAUUGGAUUUGAAAAUUGAAUUUAUGAACGCAGUAAAACGUAUAAUUACACCACCUCAAUCCAAUAAUGAUAUCUAUCAACGUUAUACUGACUAUUCUAACCAACAGAAUUUGACAAAUCAUCAAAUUCAUCAACCCUCAAAUGCAUUUCUUCCACACUUCUAAACAAGCUUUACACCU